ACGCCCAUGAGUCAUGGGGCUUCACGCUCGUCGUCUUUAAGUGAGCACUGCGCAUGCGCAAACGUUCUCUUUUUCCGGCUGGAGCCAUGGAGGCUGUAAAGGAGAAGAAAAAAAAGGUUCCUGCUGUGCCAGAAACCCUGAAGAAAAAGCGAAGGAAUUUCGCAGAGUUGAAGAUCAAGCGCCUGAGAAAGAAGUUUGCACAAAAGAUGCUUCGAAAGGCAAGAAGGAAGCUUAUCUAUGAAAAAGCUAAGCACUAUCACAAGGAAUAUAGGCAGAUGUACAGAACUGAGAUUCGAAUGGCUAGGAUGGCAAGAAAAGCUGGCAACUUCUAUGUACCUGCAGAACCCAAAUUGGCAUUUGUCAUCAGAAUCAGAGGUAUCAAUGGCGUGAGCCCAAAGGUUCGAAAGGUGUUGCAACUUCUUCGCCUUCGCCAGAUCUUCAAUGGCACCUUUGUUAAGCUCAACAAGGCUUCCAUUAACAUGCUGAGGAUUGUGGAACCAUACAUUGCAUGGGGGUACCCAAACCUAAAGUCAGUAAAUGAACUCAUCUAUAAGCGUGGUUAUGGCAAAAUCAACAAGAAACGAAUUGCUCUGACAGAUAACACAUUGAUUGCUCGAUCUCUUGGUAAAUAUGGCAUUAUCUGCAUGGAGGAUCUGAUUCAUGAGAUCUAUACUGUUGGAAAACGUUUCAAAGAAGCAAACAACUUCCUGUGGCCCUUCAAGUUAUCUUCUCCACGAGGUGGAAUGAAGAAAAAGACCACCCAUUUUGUAGAGGGUGGAGAUGCUGGCAACAGGGAAGACCAGAUCAACAGGCUUAUUAGAAGGAUGAAUUAAGGUAUCUACCAUAUUUUUGUAAUCUGGUCAGUUAAUAAACAGUGAGUGCUUUCAAAUUGAAA